CCUCUGCUCCUCUCACCGAGGGGAGGGAGGUCCAAGGAGGACCCUGGGCCCGUCCCCUCAGACCUACCCCCCAUUCACGUUCUUUCUCCAGAGACCAAGGACGGGCCGCAGCGGGAAGAGUACAGCGUGCUCGUGGCCAGCAUGCUGGAGCCGGCAGUGGUGUAUCGGGACCUGCUGAGCCGGGGGCUGGAGGACCAGCUUCUCUUGCCUGGCAGUGACCAGUUUGACAGCGUCCUCUGUGGUCUGGUCACCGAUGUGGAUUUGGACGGGCAGCCGGAAGUCCUGGUGGCCACCUAUGGGCAGGAGCUGCUCUGUUACAAGUACUGCGGCCCCGAGUCGGGGCUCCCCGAGGCCGAACGCGGAUUCCGCCUGCUGUGGCAGAGGAGCUUCCCCAGCCCGCUGCUGGCCAUGGCCCACGUGGACCUGACCGGGGACGGGCUGCGGGAGCUCGCCGUGGUCUCCCUGAAGGGCGUGCACAUCCUGCAGGUAGCGGGCUCCGCGGGUUGGGUCCCUGGAAGCGGAGCCUGAGAUGG